AUGCUUGUCAUUUACCUUUUAACAAUUUUAUGGAACCUUCUAAUUAUCAUACUAGUAUUCUAUAACAAGAGUCUUCAAUCUCCCAUGUACUUUUUGCUCACCCAGCUGUCAAAAAAUGAUAUAUUGCUGAGCUCAGUUAUUGCCCCAAAGAUGCUAAAUGUAGUAUUAUAUGAUAAUGGAAAAAUCACUUUAAUUGGUUGCAUCAUCCAGUUUUAUUUUUUUGCUUCCAUGGAAACAUAUGAGUGUUUUCUCCUUGCAGUGAUGUGUUAUGACAGAUAUUUGGCCAUCUGUAGACCUUUGCAUUAUUCUGCCUUAAUGAAUAUACAGCUUUGUCUGAAACUAGUUGCAAUAUGUUGGCUUUUAAGUUUGUCUGUGGUUUUCCUUGAUACCAUAACAUUGUCUAAGUUACAGUUCUGUCAGUCAAAUAUUAUUGACCAUUUCUUCUGUGACCUGGGACCUUUGCUAGAAAUUUCUUGUUCAGAUACUUAUAUCAUUAAAUUAGAAAUCUUUUUACUAAGCACACCAAUCAUUAUCAUCCCAGCUUUUGUAAUUAUCAUAUCUUACGCUUACAUUAUUUUUGCCAUCUUGAAAAUACAAUCUAAGGAUGGCAGGCAGAAGACCUUCUCCACCUGCAGCUCCCAUUUAAGUGUCGUAAUUAUGUUUUAUGGGACUCUAUUUUGCAUUUACAUUAUUCCAAGUGUAGGAAAAUUAGUGAACAUUAAAAAAUUUUUGUCUUUGGCUUAUACUGUGGUAACCCCUUUGAUGAACCCUAUUAUCUAUGGCCUUAGAAGCCAAGAGAUUAAGAAAGCUUUGAAGUUGUCUUCUUUACGUGUUUUACAUAAAACUUAA